UUAAAAACCCUUCUCUCUCUAGAUCACUCUCUUGGGUUGUCUUGGUACAAUCUCUCUCUUCGUCGGCCAUGGAGGAGGAGGAGCAGCAGCGGCAGCAGCAAGCGGGGGCGGGGCAGCGGAGGAAGGGACAGAAGAGGAAGCUGGAAGAGGCGGCGGCGGCGGUGGAGGCGGAGGAGGAGGAGGAAGAGGAGGAGGAGGCGGGGGAGGAAGGGGAGGAGGAGAUCUGCUGUCAGCACUCGCAGCAAGCCCUAGCUCGCGAGGUGAGGGCCCAGGUUGAGGUCCUCGAGCGCUCCUUCUCCUGGCGCGUCGCCGAUCGCGCCGCCGCUAAGCGCGCCACUCACGUCCUCGCCGAGCUCGCGAAGAACGAGGAGGUGGUCAAUGUGAUCGUGGAAGGGGGAGCGGUGCCGGCGCUCGCGAAGCAUUUGCAGGAGCCGCCGCCGCUGCUGCCAAGGGAAGGGAAUGCUGGCGGGGACCGGCCCUUCGAGCACGAGGUCGAGAAGGGGAGUGCGUUUGCUCUCGGUCUUCUUGCGGUGAAGCCUGAACAUCAACAGCUCAUUGUUGAUGCUGGUGCUUUGCCUCUGCUUGUGAAUCUCUUAAAAAGGCGCGGAAAAGGUUCCAACUCUCGGGCAGUUAAUAGCGUGAUUAGGAGGGCGGCUGAUGCAAUAACCAAUCUUGCUCAUGAGAAUAGCAGUAUCAAAACCUUUGUUAGGAUUGAAGGUGGGAUUCCUCCUCUUGUUGAAUUGCUGGAAUCCAUGGAUCUGAAGGUGCAGAGAGCAGCUGCUGGUGCCUUGCGGACAUUGGCAUUUAAAAACGAUGAAAACAAGAACCAGAUUGUCGAAUGUAAUGCUCUUCCAACACUUAUUCUAAUGCUUCGAUCUGAGGAUGCUGCCAUUCACUAUGAGGCGGUAGGAGUAAUUGGGAAUCUAGUCCACUCAUCCCCAAACAUAAAGAAAGAAGUUCUUCUUGCAGGAGCUUUGCAGCCUGUGAUUGGAUUAUUAAGUUCAUGCUGUACAGAAAGCCAGAGGGAGGCAGCUUUAUUACUGGGGCAAUUUGCUUCAGCUGAUUCAGAUUGCAAGGUGCACAUUGUACAGAGGGGUGCAGUCCGGCCUCUAAUUGAAAUGCUUCAUUCUCCAGAUAUGCAACUUAAGGAGAUGUCUGCUUUUGCUCUUGGGAGGCUGGCCCAGGACACACACAACCAAGCUGGGAUUGCUUACAAUGGUGGCUUAGUGCCUUUGCUAAAGCUUCUUGACUCGAAGAAUGGCUCUCUACAACACAAUGCUGCAUUUGCUCUUUAUGGAAUUGCAGACAAUGAGGAUAACGUCUCUGAUUUUAUCAAGGUGGGAGGUGUUCAGAAGUUACAAGAUGGAGAGUUUAUUGUCCAGGCAACUAAAGAUUGUGUAGCCAAGACACUGAAAAGAUUGGAAGAGAAGAUUCAUGGACGAGUAUUGAAGCAUUUGCUAUAUCUGAUGCGAGUGGGAGAGAAGGCUGUUCAAAGACGUGUUGCUUUGGCUCUUGCUCAUCUUUGUUCCCUUGAGGAUCAAAGAAUCAUUUUCAUUGAUAAUAAUGGGCUUGAUUUGCUCCUUGACCUUCUGGCUUCUGCAAAUAUAAAACAGCAGCAAGAUGCUUCCGUUGCACUAUACAAGUUGGCUAACAAAGCCAUGUCACUCUCUCCCAUGGAAGCAGCGCCUCCUUCCCCAACACCACAGGUGUAUCUUGGAGAGCAGUUUGUGAACAGUUCCACACUUUCAGAUGUUACCUUUCUAGUUGAAGGCAAGCGUUUCUAUGCACACAGAAUUGCCUUGCUUGCUUCUUCAGAUGCAUUUCGUGCAAUGUUUGAUGGUGGAUACAGGGAGAAGGAUGCAAGGGACAUCGAGAUUCCAAACAUAAGAUGGGAAGUAUUUGAGUUGAUGAUGAGAUUUAUAUACACUGGGUCAGUUGAGGUUUCUACUGAUAUUGCACAAGAUCUCCUUAGAGCUGCCGAUCAAUAUCUUCUAGAGGGUCUUAAGCGCUUAUGUGAAUAUGCCAUUGCGCAGGAUGUAAACCUGGACAAUGUCUCCAGUAUGUAUGAAUUGUCAGAGGCUUUCAAUGCCAUGUCAUUGAGGCACACCUGCGUCCUGUAUAUUUUAGAGCAAUUUGACAAGAUAAUCAUCAGACCUGGGCAUUCUCAUCUGAUCCAGCGGAUAAUUCCAGAGAUUCGCAACUACUUCUCUAAAGCUCUUCGGCCAAACCACAGGAAUGCCUGACCAUAAAUGUUCUUUACUGACAUCAUCAUCAACUAACACCUGUUGCCAAGGACUGUACAGUUGGAACCUUUGUGGCAUCAAAUUACUCCUUUUUUUUUUUUAAUUUUCUGGGGAUGUGGACGUGUGGGAAUGGAACAUAAGUCUUUGAACCAGUAGUUCCCGUUUGAUGCUGCUAGUUCAUCACUGUAACUGUUGGAUUUCAGCCAAUAACACUUCACAGUAUUUGAAUAUUAGAAAUGUAAUCUGAUGGUUGUGGAAGACCCAAUGGCUUUUGGCA